AUGCAGAAUGUUGAUACCCUACUACGAUGUCCAAUUUGUUUCGAGUUUCUGAGUAUCGCAGUGAUGAGGAAAUGCUCUCACAACUUCUGCUCUUUGUGCAUAAGAAAAUGUAUAUCCUACAAGUUGCAAUGUCCAGUGUGUCAUUCAGUAAGCAUGUAUUUUUCUCUAUUUUUGCCUACAACAGAACAGGACCUAAGAAACAACCGGAUACUGGAUGACCUGGUCACAAACUUUCAAACUGCAAGGCAGCAGUUGUCAAAAGCUAAUUUUGACUCGCCUCCAAUAUCUCUGAAGACCCCAGCCUCUGCUGUCAAGUGUAAAACAUCCAGACAGACCAGGGGCCCCAAGAAGGAGGGCUCCAUCCUCAGUCACUUUUUCCAGAAGGGGCCAACCACUUCCACAACAUCUCUCACUACAGAGGCCCUGCCAGCUCGUCAUACACACACUGUGAAAGUAGACCCUGGUCAUCAGGUCUCUGUGAACGAGGAGCCCAUGGAGGAGGAGAUACCGGCCCAGGUGCUGGUGUCUGUGAAGAUGGACAUCUCCAUGACAGGGCUGGCGUCUCUGGCUGACUCGCCGUCCACAUCACAGGACAUGAAGCCUGUAGUUAAAGUGGUGUGUCCUGUGUGUUCUGUGGGCAUCUCUGAACAGUUCAUCAACAAGCACCUGGACACCUGUCUGACCCGAGGGGAGAAGAAGGAGAGCCUUAGGAGCUCCCUAGGUGCUAAGAGGAGGCCGAUGGGAAAGCUGGUGUACACGCUGCUGUCCAUGCAGGAGCUGAAGAGGAGGCUGAUGGAGUGCCACCUCUCUGUCCAGGGUAACAGAGACCAGCUGGUCAGGAGGCACCAGGACUUUGUACACUUCUACAAUGCCCAGUGUGACACCCUGGAACCGAAAUCAGUGCGCAACGCAUAA